GCUUUAAAUGGGGGCCGUCCGGCGGCUCCGGAACAGUCUGCCGCGGGGGGAGCGCGGACCUCCCCUCCCCGCGCCGAGGAUCGGCUGGGGCCGCCGCCAGGCAAGUUCGCCCCCGAGAGCGCUGGUGCCACGGGCCGAGAUGCUCCUCCGGGACUUGGUGCUGCGCGGUGGCUGCUGCUGGCCCUCACUGCUGCUGCACUGCGCGCUCCACCCGCUCUGGGGCUUCAUGCAGGUGACGCACGGUGAGCCCCAGAAGUCCUGCUNGACUCCUCUCCGCCCCAGUGCUUCUCUGGGUGUGGCCCUCGACAUCACUUGA